AUUUCUUUUUCUCUUUUCUGUAAUUUGGGCAGCUUUGUUAUUAGAUAUUAGAGAAGCCUUACAAGAAUGACUAGAAAGCUAUGGUUCAUAUUAUUAUGUUUGGCUUGUCUGUUUUCGUUAGCGACAUCAGUAGAAGUUUAUGUGACUAGCGAUGAGUAUUCACCUACUUCUUGCUCUGGAGUAUGGAGUAAGGAAUCGAUUCCUGGAGGCACACAGCCAUAUAUUAAAGUCUCCAUCGGGCCUAAAUCUCAAGGCACGGUUUCUUUACUUAUUUAUGAGUGGAAAGACUUUGAUAAACUAGGAGCAUAUGAUGAUGAAGUUGGCGAAACGGCUUAUGUAUGUAACAGACAGGCUAUUUCGCGCAAGUUAUGCAAGUCUUCGCAGCUUGGACAAUUUAUUAUGUCAAUUCCAUCAGACCAAAAGAACACAACUAGCAUAUAUACUGAAACAUUGGAAUUAAAGGGAAAUCAAACAGAAGCAGCAUUAUAUAAAGUGGAUAAAACGGGUUAUUACUGCGUGGCUCUUGCCGCUGUCAAUCAAACAAGCAGCUUUGUCGAAGCCUGGGUUGAGUGGAAAUUCCCAUAUGGCGAACUACCUGCGGUUGACUAUCCAAAGCUUUUGCUUUAUGGUGUAUUUGCAUUUGUUUAUUUGGCGGUUGGUAUAUUCUGGUUCGUACAAAGCUUCCGUUAUUGGAGAGACAUAUUGCCUGUUCAACACUUUUUGUCUGCAGCUAUUUUUUAUCUCGUUGUAGAAAUGGCGUUUAACUUUGGUUACUGGGAGGCCUACAAUCAAACUGGAAAGGCUUCGUAUGGUUUACUUGCUCUUGUUGCACUACUCAAUGCUGGAAGAACCAGUAUGUCUUUCUUCAUGUUGUUGAUUGUGUGUAUGGGUUAUAGUGUUGUCAAACCAAGCUUAGGUUCAACGAUGAGAUACUGCAUUAUCCUUGCUUGCACGCAUUUCGCAUGUGGUGUAGUUUAUACAUUGGGUACCAUGUUACUAUCUCCUGAAACAGCUGGUUAUUUGAUCUUGCUUGUUAUUUUCCCUCUAUCAAUUACAAUGACAAUCUUUUACGUUUGGACACUCAAUUCGAUUACUGGCACCAUUCGUGACUUGGAAAUCCGUAAGCAGCAUGUUAAGGUACUGAUGUACAAGCGCCUUUACCGGCUUUUGGUCUUUUCUGUGUUUGCUGUAGUUGUGAUCUUCAUUCUCAACAUGUUUGCUUAUUCUACCAAUGUGGAUUUUGAAUGGGCAGCAAAGAGCUGGAAGUAUCGAUGGUUCAUGCUCGACGGCUUACUCAACAUUCUGUAUUUUGUUGUUUUCUUUGUUAUCGUUGUCUUAUGGCGACCCACAAGUAACAAUGCCAGAUACGGCCUAAUGCAGAUCAGUCAAGACGAAGAGGAAGCGCUUGAUUUGGAAGAGCGAUUACGCAGAGCAGAAGAAGAAGGUUAUGGACACUCGACUGGCCCUAUACGCGGAGAACGUCACAUGGUUGAUGAGUCUGCUGUUUUUGAACUAGGAGAAGAGUUGACUGAUGAAGAAGAAGAUAACCAUCCGAUUCAUAAAGUAGAGCUCUCUGAUAUCAAUAAAAAUAACCGAUACAACAAUAGCAGGGGAGGAAAAGGAACAGACCAAAGCGCUCUACUGCAUGUUGAUCAAGAUGAUGACGACGACGAUGAUCAUUUGGAUGACAGUGAGCACGCAAGGCUUACAGGUAAUGCUCGAAAGCCUAGUUAAGAUGCUCGGUGCAAUAAAGAUAUAUGCAUGGACAUUAACUGUUGUAAAAUAAAAGCUUUUUUCUUAUUCAUUAUUUUCUAUUAGAAUAAUAACCAUUCAUGCAUUCAAAAUAGCCUGGGUACAAUUUAUACUCAUUACGUCUAAAUGAGAUAAUAAGGAAAAGAACUGGGUCUAUUCAAUGUUCUUUUGCUGUAUUUGUCUAUCAGUAAUGUAUCACAUUCUGUUUGUGUUUCUUUCAAUCUGGCAGUGGC